AUGGCCUCGUCAAAUCCUCAGACCGUGCCAUGCGCCUACAAGACCGGCCGCACGCUCGGUCAGGGCACCUACGCUGUCGUCAAAGAGGCGGUUCACAUCAAGACCGGUCAAUACUACGCAUGCAAAGUCAUCUCCAAAAAGCUCAUGGAAGGACGAGAGCACAUGGUGCGCAACGAGAUCCAAGCACUCAAACGUGUCUCGCAAGGGCAUCGAUCCAUCGUCACCCUCGUCGACUACUUUGAGACCAUGAACAACCUCUACCUCGUCACCGAUCUGUGCGUCGGAGGAGAACUCUUUGACCGAAUCUGCGAGCGAGGCAACUACUACGAGAAGGAUGCCGCCCAUCUCGUUCGCACCAUCACAGAAGCCGUCGUCUACUUGCACGAUCAGGGCAUCGUUCAUCGUGAUCUCAAACCCGAAAACCUCUUGUUCAGAGACAAGACCGAAGAAAGUGAUCUCUUGAUUGCCGAUUUCGGCUUGUCACGGGUGGUGGAUGACGAAAAGAUCACGGUGCUCUCGACCACUUGCGGUACUCCCGGAUACAUGGCUCCCGAAAUCUUUAAAAAGACGGGUCAUGGCAAACCCGUCGACAUGUGGGCCAUCGGCGUCAUCACCUACUUCCUCCUCUGCGGCUACACCCCCUUCGACCGCGACACCACCAUGGAAGAGAUGCAAGCCAUCAUCAACGCCGACUACCGCUUCGAACCCAAACAGUACUGGGAAGACGUCUCGGACCAAGCCAAGGACUUUAUCAACAAGCUCCUCACCAUCGACCCUUCCAAACGCCUCACCGCCAAGCAAGCGUUGCAACACCAAUGGCUCCAAGAAGCCGCUCCUACAGGAGGCGCCCAACCAGCCGCAAGCGCCGAACAGAAGGAUCUGCUCCCAGACAUCAAGUCCGCUUUCAACGCAAAGAGAACCUUCAGAAAGGCCGUCAACGGUAUCAGGCUGAUCAACAGGUUGAGAACAAACGAACAACAGCCCAACAAGGAAGAGAUCGAAAAGCUGAGACAAACCAUCAGGGAGGCAGAGGACGAAUCGAGCAACUUGGAUCAAGUGCUACCAUCGCAGGAGGAGUCCCAGUCAAAAGCCUAA